UUACUUUAGCGGCAACGGCAGCGGCAGUGACAGUGGUGUAGUGGCGACGGAAUGUAGUUGAUCGGUGGUUACUUAACGUGUUGCGGUAAAAAGAGUCAAUAGUAGUUGAUGACGUCGACUCGACGAUUGUGACGUAUCGUUGUAUCAAGAAUUCGGACUAUUCGAUUCUCCUUCUUUCUUCCUUCCCUCUCUCUUGUCAUCGAUCCAUGGAUCUCUGCCGAACGAUCGAUAGCGUCUUUCUCGCGCUAACAAUCUGCGACCUGCUGCACAUUCCGUCACUUGCGACGAUCGUAAUUUUGCUGUGACGCUGGUAUCAUUCAUCCGUCGACUGUGAGAACGAUCAUGCUAAUAAGCAAGAUUUAAUGUCAGUGUAAUACAUAGCACGUGAAUUUUAUUGUUUCUCAUCAAGAAGGUGCCGAAGAAUCGAAAAUGGAUGGCCUCGUUGAGAUUUUUCUUUUUUGCGGAGUACUCUGUUAUUUCUUCAAUCUCAGACCCAAUAAUAUGGUGGAUGUCUUAUCUACGCGUCUCCAGGAGGUGUAUGCCAAAUGGGAGUCUAAGGCAGAAAUAACGCGAAAUGCAAAACCUACAACCACUCGAUUUUCAUUGGAUGGUCUUCGGAGAGCUGGGGAACACUUCCAGAGAAGAAAAAUUCAGGAAAAGGAAGAAAUGCGGAAGUUCCGCGAGAGUUCAUUGUUCGAUAUCAAAGAGAACGCAUUCUCUAUGACUUUAAUCGGAAGAAGCCCGUUUUCACGCCGUUGCUGUUAUAACUGCACACCGGUUUCUAGAAAAUCAAUAUCAUUAAUUGAAGAACAACCAUUCGAUUUGAACAUACUUAUGGUGAAACCAGGUUCUUCGUUUUUCUCGAAAGUGUUUAAUUAUGCAUCGCAAGUCUCUAGCUUUAAAAGAUUCGACUAUCCAAUGGUCACACAAACAGUACUGAAUAAUAAAAGAUUAAAGGAAGUUAUCGAACUAACUGUUUGCAAGAAUACUAAUAAUGAGAAUUAUAUUGAAGAAGAAGAGCUCGCAAAAGCAAAAGACAAAGCCAAAAGUAUAUUACUGCAGAUGGAAAGCAAAUGCAGUGACGUCCUCCUUAAAAUAGUUGCAUGGCUAAUGUAUAAAUUGCUCCCUUGUUUUAUACAAUCGGCCGUUGUGGUGCCUCCUCAAGUUGAAGUAUUGAAGAAGGCGAAUGACACAGGUUUACCGCUCGUGUUUUUGCCCUUGCAUCGCAGUCACUUGGAUUAUAUAAUGAUCAGCUUCAUUAUGGUCGUAAAUAACAUGAGGAAUCCGUUAAUUGCAGCCGGGGACAACUUAAAGAUCCCUUUUUUUGGAUGGCUCUUAAGAGGUUUGGGUGCUUUUUUUAUCAAGCGUCGUAUGGAUGCCAUAGUAGGACGUAAAGAUGUUCUUUAUCGCACAAUUCUUCAAACAUAUAUCAUGGAAAGUUUACGGGUUGGACACAACAUGGAAUUUUUUUUGGAAGGUGGCCGCACACGAACUGGCAAGCCUUGCAUGCCCAAGAGUGGCAUCUUGAGCGUCAUUAUUGAUGCGUACAUGAAUCGUACCAUCGAAGACGCAUUAUUGAUACCUGUAGGGAUAAAUUAUGAACGAUUAGUGGAUGGAAAUUUUGUUCGAGAACAAUUAGGACAACCAAAAAAAAUGGAGACUUUUGCAUCGACGAUCAAGGCCAUGUGGUCAAUUUUAAGGGGUCAUUAUGGUAUUGUCAAGAUUAACUUCUGUCAACCAUUUUCUCUUAAGGAUACAGUGGAAACUUUUAAAAAUCAACAAAAUAUAAGACCAUUGCCGGAACGACCCUUAAAAUCAUCCACAUCGAGUUCGUCUAUUUAUGGUACAGAUGUCGUUAUGGAAGAUCAUCGUCAAUUAGUGGACAGAAUUGCCAGACACGUUGUGUAUGAUUCUUCUAAAUCCACACCUAUUAUGUCGACCAACGUUGUUGCAUUUUUACUAUUAAAUAAGUUUAGAGACGGUUGUACGUUAGAUAAAUUAGUCCAGGCGUUUGAUUUGAUACAAAAGGAGUUAUCAAUAAAGAAUGAUGUAGCGUUUUGUGGGGAGAGCAUUGAUAUCAUUAAACAUGCGCUGGAUAUCUUGGGUCCUGGUUUAGUAACACAACAGCGACAGGAGAUUACUGACGUCGACAAUCAAUCUAUCAAAUCUAUCGUUGUCACCGCAAUCCGUCCCGUAUCAAUUGUACCGAACGUAAUAGAGCUCUCCUACUACAGCAAUACCAUAUUGGUACACUAUGUUAUGGAUAGCAUAAUAAUAACUGCUUUGUAUGCUGAAUUGCAAUCUCAAAUUAACGAUCCUGUCGCAAUUGCCGAAAACAAUAUUACAGUGUAUGAACAAAAUUUGAUCGAACGAGCGCUCAAAUUAUGCGACAUUCUGAAGUAUGAAUUUAUUUUUUGUAAGCCAUGUCAGGAAUUAACAAAGGUGAUUUUUGAAACGAUAGAAAAGAUAUCAGAAACAGGGCUUAUCACUAAGGAGGAGAACGUUUAUCAUGAAAGACUGGCGACCCGAAAAUUAUCAAAAAAACUCUUUUUUGAUGAUAUCGAUCCUUGGUGCGAGGAGUUCCUGACGAAAAAGGCAAUUGAAACAACGCAAUAUAAACUGAGUUUAAUGCCGGAACAUUCCACGCACAUGGAAUUUUUGCAUACGAUAUUACGAUCAUUAAUCGAUACGUACAUAUGCAGUGCCUUUAAUUUAAGGAAGUUGGUCGGUCACUCACUCUGUGAACGAGAUUUAGUACAAGAAGUAUUGAACGAGAUCAAAACAAAUUUAGAUCGUGGUAUAAUCAGUUACGGAGAAAGUUUAUGCGUCGAUCCAAUAAAGAAUUCUUUUAAGCUUUUUGAAAAGUGGAACAUCGUAGAAUGCUGCAUGCAGGAGAACCUUAAAAUGUUUUAUUUGAAAGAGGAGUAUAAUACAGACAAAGCAACAGAAGAUCUAUAUGAUACCAUAGCGGCUUUCAAAUGGACCAGAAAUAUGAAAUAAAAACAUAAAUCUGUUUCUAUUCUAAUCAAAAAAUGUCUUUCUAAAUCACUAUUCUUUUUUUUUAUGGAUUUUCAUAUUUUGCAAAAAGAUUUAUAAAAAUGAUUUCUUUUUUCUCUUUAUUUUUCUAGUAGUAAAAGAUGGGAUCAGAUAUGUUAUAAAUAAUUGAUAGUGAUUAUCUAUGUAUAGUACUAUUGUAGAUCAUUGUAGAGUAUAUGUAUAUACAAAAUGCUAUUAUGUAAUAUACUCUAUAAUAAUCGAUAUCAUGUGCAUUGUAAAUUCACAUCUUUCUAAGAUUUAUAAAUAAGAGAAAAGUAGUAAUAUA